AUGCCAGCCGCUGCAGCUGCGGCAAUGAAAUUCACCUCCGACGGGGAUACGGCCGCUGGCGUGGCAAAGCCACGCUGGCGGCCAUGUGUGCGCGCCGUCGGGGUGCUGUGUCGUGGCUGGUGGCGUACGGCCGUCCCGGGCACCGAGCAGUCUGACGCGCUGAGCGUGCUAGGCUCCGCUCGGGCUAAAGAGGUACGGCCGUACCGACAUCAGGCUCCGAGGCUAAAGCGGACGGCUCCGAGGCCGUGCAGCGUGCCUGAAGCACCUUUCGAGCAGGUGAAGCCCUUUGGGAUGCGGCUGGACCUCCUGCACCGCAGCAGCAGUGGACUGUCAAGCGACCGAGGACAGGCAGUGCCACAGCUGCUGACAUUGCAGCGCUCGUUGGCUCUGCCACUGCUCCUCAACGCUCCGAAUGGGCUGCAGCGGCAGGACAGGGGCCCAGCGGUCGAGGACUGCACCAGGGAUGUGUGUGAGCUCAGCACGUACCAUUUUCGAUACCGGAUAUGCAAUGUGCACAUACGGCUGCCGGCAUUCAUGCGGCAAGGCAAGUUGCAGCGCUUCUGCCAGCAGUGCGGCCGCUGCCAUGAGCUCUCAGAAUUCGAGGGCAGUCAGCGCUCCUGCCGCGCACAGCUAGACAGGCACAAUGCCAGGAGGAGGCAGGCCAAGAAGAACGCAGCGGCCGCCAAGGGCCCAGGGGCCGGCAGCGCAGCGCAUGCAGCUGGCGCCAGCGCCUCAGGCCAGUACUCGAGCAGCACCAGCCUGCCGGCGUCCAGCAGCGGUGGCGGCGGCGCCGUCCCGCGCGGCGGCCGCUCUGGAGCCGGGGAAGCCGGCCUGCUUGGCCCACGGCGCAGCCGCGACCCGGCACUGUCGGCCGCCGCGGCGGGGCUGUUCUCUGGAGCUGAUGACGAGGACGCCGCCGCCGACGCGGCGACGCUCCUCUCGGUCAGCCAGCCGCGGCCCGCGCUGCUGCCGCAGCCCGAGCAACAGCCGUCCGCGUCUCGCCUCGGCUCCUCGCGCCUCUCCGCCUUUGCGCAGUACAGCGGCGAGCCCGCCGUAGGGGACGCGGCCACGGCCGCGAGGACCGGCAGCGGCGCCAUGCGCGCUGUGACCCCCACAGAUGCCAGCGAGCGGCGCCUCGGCUCGCAGAUGCUGCGGCAGGGGUCGGAGAAAAGCCGUCAGCAGCAGAUAACCUCGUCCUCCGAGAGCGCUGCAGCCGGCGUGUAUGACACAUCGCCGGGCAGAGCCGAUGCUGAGGAGGCCACGUCACAGGCAAGGAGGCAGUCCCAUAGCGUGGGCGAGGAGGCGGCCUCGUUGGAGCCUGCUGUGCGCCGCAGAAGUGGCAACUUGCCGGCUCAUGGCAAUGAGCGAGUUGGGUCCGCGCCUGGGCCCUCGGGCAAAACCAGUCCGAGUCCCGGGGCAGCUUCGCGGUUCCUUGACAGCGCUGCUGCGCAAGGUUUCGCUGCAGUUUUGAGCAGAGCAGCGGCUGCCGCUCUCCAGGAAGCAGCUGCCGAGCAGCCGCCAAAAAUGCAUGACAUCGUUCCAGGGGUUGCCGCAGGCGUCCAAAUGGGCCCCAUUGAGCCGCAGCCGACUCCCUUCAGCGCGCUGGCAUCGGCAAGCUUGAGCGAGGCACCCACGACGCAGCUCUCGAUCAGCCCGCGGGCUCCCGAGGCCAUGUCUGCAACGUUCCCUCCCUCCGUCUCGCCGGCCGCUGCCACCGCCGCCGUCGACCUGAAAUCCGGCAUCCAGGCGUCUCGGAGCCUAUCUGAGAGCAUGCUGCCGGGGGAGUCGCCCCCCUCUUGGGCCGGCACCGCCAAGCGCACCGCCUCUGUCGCCCGGCCGCUGGAUCGAUCUGGGUUAAUGUCGGCUACGGGUGCUCCAUCGGUCAGCAACUCGGCCGCCGGUAGCGCCGAGCUCCUUGCCGCGCGGUCCCGGCUGGCGUUGGAGCGCAAUGCAAUGGUGCUGCGCGGCCUGCAGCAGAGCAUGGCGGCCGACGGCAGCGGCCGCAAGGUCAGCAGCUCUGCCAGCAUAGCACUGACUCAGCGCGGCAACAGCACCCAGUCCAGCAUGGACCUGUACGUCCCGGACGCCGCUGCUGCCGCGGCAGCCUCGGCCUCCGGUGCGGACGCGGCUGCCGCCCGUUUGCCGAGCGCGGACAAGUCCCCCAACAGGCCACCCCCCUUCCCGCAGCCGCCGCGAGGCGGCCAGCCGGGCCGCGCAGCGCAGGGGGAGGCAUCGCCCCAGCAGCAGGAGCCGUAUGAGGACGCCGUGCGCCACUGGCUGCACUUUGGGCAGCAGAUUGCGGCUUCCACAAAACCCGGGCCCCAGGGUCUACUGCCGCAUUCGCUGGGCCUGCAGGCUGUAAACUACCUCGCUGGGGAGGUAGGCGCGGCCGCAGCGAGCGCGGAGGCAGGAGUGCAGGAGUUGCCGCUGCCUGUGCAGCUCGCUGGCAAGGAGGAUCGCCAAGUACUGGCCGGAUCGCUGCCCGAGGGGCUUCGCACCGCGCUGGGCCUCUCUAUGGGCCAGCCGGUGGGGCAGCCGCAGCGCAAGGGCACCCACAUCGACGCCCCGGCUCUCGCAGCCGCCGGCGAGGGCCCGGGAGCAGCUGUUGCGCCUCCUAGCCUGCUCUCCCAGGCCGAGGCGGCCGCGGCGGCUGCUGCGCAGCCGUCCCAGACCGUGCAAGCGCAGCUCGCGGCUUCCGCCGCUGCUGCCGCAGCGCAGCAGUCUCUAUACCUGCCUAUGGCCCGCUCCACCGCCCAGAUUGGGAUGGCGGGUGCAGACCAAGCUGGCGCGGCCGCCGCGGCGGUCGCAGGUGCUGCGCAGCUGCAAGCGGCCAACCCGCUGUCCUACCAGUUCUACCAGAUGCUCCUGGGCUCUAUGGCCAGCGCUGCGCCCAAGCAGCAGCUGCAGCAGCAGCAGGCAGCAUUCCUGGAGAACGUGGCGGCCGCCAAUGCCGCCGCCCUGCUAUCGUUUCGGGCGGAGGCUUUUGCGGUGCACCUGUGCGUGAAGCUGUUCCACUGCACGCCGGCGGACCUGCCGGAGGACGCGCGCGAGCAGCUGCUCGGCUGGCUCAAGGGCGCGCCUGCCUGCACCGAAUUGUACAUCCGCAGCGGCUGCGUCCACCUCACCGUAACGGCGUACGUGGACGUGGUGACAUACCAGCAGGUGCUGGCAAACGGCGCAGCGCAGGCAGCGCACCAUCUCAUCGCGCAGGCGAGCCAGGUUUGGCGCAGGGGGGUAAUGCUGGUGGAGGUGAUGAACCGGGCGGUGCUGGUCAGCGACGGCGUUCCUGGGCCCGAGUUUGGCCUUGACGCGGUUUGUUCGGGGGCAUUCUCUCGUGUCGAGCCGCCGGUUGCGAUGGCCGGCCAGGUCUGCGUGCUGGAGGCCCACGGCGGCCCCGCGGCCGCUGACAUCGCCGACAGCGCCGUGCUCUGCCGAGCCAACGGGCGAUACUAUGACACCCAGGUGGAGGAGGUGACUGGGCUGGCGGCUGGAGCGGGCAGGAAGUUCUUUGUGCGGCUGCCGCCGGAUAUCCCUCCAGGGGUGAUCUACCUGGAGCUGCAGCACGGCCCCUUUGUGGGCGGGGCCUGCCCUGCGUUAGUCAUGCCCCCCGAGCGGGCGGCCGCCGCCGUGGAAUUGCUACAAGCGCUACGCGCCCGGGACGCGUUGCUCAAGGGCGGCUGGCUCCCUGCAGAUCAGUGUCUGGCGAUCUCAAGGGCCACGACCGACGCACUGCUGUGCCAGAUGGGAUUAGUCAUGCGGGCGCUGAGUCAUGGCACGUCUGAUGUGGCGCCCUCAAGCGCCCUGCCGCGUCCAGAAGGCGUCCCGGAAGCCCUGGUACUUGUCAGUUCUCUGCAGCAGCCAGCUUCAGCUGCGCUUGCCUAUGGCAUGCUCCAGUUUGCGUGCACAUGGGGUCUGCCCCACCUGUCCAGCUUCCUGCUGCAGAGCAUCAGCCUUGACAGGUCGACAUCAGCAGCCGUGGGCAUGCAACAGCCGUCACCUCUCACCGUCAGCACCGGUGCGUCAGCCGGCAAGGACUGGACUGUGUCGGUGCCGCACAGUGUCAUGGGGGGGAGCGGCUUGGAUGUUCUGGCAAAGCUGGCUGCACAAAUUGGGCAGCAGACUGUACCAGCUGGACAGGCCUGA